GGUUGGAGCUUUCCCCUUGCCCAGAGUUCUCCAGCUGAGAGGGGCGGGCACUAUGAUAGCCACGCCCCUCCCCUGCACUAUUUAGUCGGCUCACACUGGCGCCGGAAGCCCACGCAUCUGAGGGACAUCUUAAAGCCACUCCUUUCAGUACUCUUGGCUCUGCUAAACCAACUGUAGCUAGCUUGGAGCCCGCCCCGCGGCCUGCUUUCGGAGAGCACCCAACGUUUUCCAUCACUACUCCCUGCCCCUUGGCGGGCGGGACUCUGAGACGUUUGCCUUUGAGUGGAAGGCGGGAAGAUGGCGGGUGCCUCAGAGCGGGACGCAGGGAAGCCUGCAGCCUCUGGUGCAGGUGCUGUUCCCAAGACAAAGGGAAGGAAAGUACAAGGAGGAAGAGUGGUCGAGUCCCGGUACCUGCAAUAUGACAAGAAAACAAAGAAGCAGGUGGCCCCUGCAUCAGGCUGGAGUUUUGAGUAUCUGUGUUGUCAUGAUAACACCUGCUGUUUUCUCCUGGGGCAGAACGGAUCUCAAAAGGUUUCUGUAGCAGCCAAAGGAGAGAAGCCCCCCACCGAGGGAAGGAAGGCCAGCACAGUGCCUAGGAGCAGAGAAGAGAGCAAAGUGAUGGGGACAAGCAACCUGCAGUCUACCAUGCUGGAAGGGCAUGGCUUGAAUCCACCAGACCUAGACCUUUCUGCUAUUGACGACAAAAGCAUGUCCAGGAAGGCUCCCCAGCUAGAAAGGUCAGUGGCAGGAACUGAUAAGUCCACAUCCCUUUUGAGACCUGACCAAAAAAGGACACUUCGAAAGAAAAGACGGGAUCUGCAGGAGACCAUGGACAUGAUGGAGUCGCAGACGCUGCUGAUGACCCUGCUGUCUGUGAAGGUGGAGAACAACCUGGCUCUGCUGGAGGAGAAGGCGGAGAAGGACUUGGCAGCCAUGUGCCAUGAGAAGGAGAGGCUGCAGAGGCAGGCACUGGAGCUGAGGCGUCAGCUGCUUCUCAGACAGAAACAUCAGGAGCUGGCGGCUGCCCUGGAUGCCCAGAUGAUCUGGAGCCAGCCCUGAGGACCACCCUGCAGCUCCUGGGUGAUCUGAGCAUCUGCUCCCCAGAAGACAGUGCACAGGUGCAGGGGGCCAGCACGCAGCAGCCUGGGGCCAGUGCACAGCUGAAUUGUUUGCUGAAGGAACUGAAGGGCUUGGUCGCUGAGAAAGACCUGGAGCUCUGCAGGUGUGCGGCUGACCUCCCUCUCUAACCCCGCCUGCUCCUCCCUCUCUAACCCCGCCUACUCCUCCCUCUCUAACCCCGCCUACUCCUCCCUCUCUAACCCCGCCUACUCCUCCCUCUGUUGUGCUCCUCCAUCCUCUCCUUUCUUUUCUGCCGGGCACUAGGGAUGGAACCCUACCUAGUUGGUAGCUCAGAUGAAGGCUGGUUCUGUCUGGCUUUGAACUUUUAGCAAUCCUUCUGCUUCAGUUUGCUGAGUUCUGUAACACCAGGCAUAUACCAUCACAGCCAGCUAUUGUGGGUUGGAAUUUUGUCUGUGUGCCUUCGUGUGUGUGGGGGGGGGGGAAGUGUGUGUCAGUUUUCUGUUUGGGCAUUUGGGCACAUACAUGAUGCCAGGGCAUGAGUGUAGAGGGCAAAGGACAGCUUUAAGAGUCUUUCCUCUUUCCACUAUUUGUAUCCCAGGGGUCCAGAUGAGGUCAGAGGCAGGAUUGGCAGUAAACAACUUCACCCACUGAGCCAUUUUGUUCAACCCAAGAGAAUCUUGCUCUGUCUGCUCUCACAAUGCUAAAUGCAUUCAAGUAGAUGGGUCCUAAAGGACUCUGCAGGGACUGUGAAGUAUGCCACACCCACCACUGUCCUACGCUGUCCUACAGGGUAGAUCAGCCACCACUCACAUGGACAGGGGAGACAGGGUCUUUGUCUUGCUCCCACUGUCUAGCAAGCACACAGGUUACCCGUCUGUGUCCUGAGUGGUAGAGCAGAUGCACCCGAAAUCCACAUUGUGGCUCAUGCCCUCAGUCACCUAGAGCCUGUUAAAGUCUCUGUGGAUACCUGGCCAUUGGAUAAAACGAUAGACAGAAGGCAUGGCCAUGUAGUGAUGGGCUGAGGCUCACCUCUUGGGUUCGCUCCAACAAGGUCUCCUCAUGUAAACUUUGCCCACUGUUGAGGGUGUGGAAGGCUUGCCACUGAGGUCCCAGAUACCCAGGAGUCCGGGGCAGAAUGAAGGUAAGCAUUCAAGGUUGGCUGCUCCUUGCUUUAUGGAGAGACUUUAUACAGAACUCUUGCUUGCUAGGCCUGACAGCAAAGGCCUGCCAUCUCAGCUACAUGAAGGGCUGAGGCAGAAGGAUCAUCAGUUCAAGCUCAGCUUGAGGAAAUUGAGAUUCCUCAAGAAGUAAAAAGAGGGAGGGAUGGAAAUGGAGAAACUCAGCAUGUUACUUACGCAGCGUGUACAAUAUCCUGGAUCUGUCCCAGCAACAUGGACACACACAUGCCCACCAAGUUUGCAGUCAAUUCAAAAAAAUCUUGGGGUUGGGGAUUUAGCUCAGUGGUAGAGCGCUUGCCUAGCAACCGCGAGGCCCUGGGUUCGGUUCCCAGCUCCGGAAAAAAAAAAAAAAAAAUCUACCCUGCCUUACAACUCUUGCUCACUUCCAAAUACACUUAGGGUUGAAAAUAAAUCCUGAAAUCGGGUUGAGAAUAAAUUCUGAGUUCAGUCUCUAGGACUGACCUAGAGAGAGAACAGUCUCCUGUCAGUUGUCCUUUGACAUCCACAGGAAGCUGUGUGUUUUAUGCAACAUACAUGCAUACACGUGCAUACACACGCACACGUACGCGCAUGUACACGCACACACAUACACACACAGGUUUUUUAAUUGUUUUUCUAAGGUCUCCAUUAGAGUUUUGGCUGCAGGCAAAAUUGUCUCUUCUCUUUCUCUGUCCACAGACUUGUCAGCCAGGUGGUGGAACUUUCCUCCCAGGCCAGUAAAGAGGCAGCUUUGACGAACCAGGAAGUCUGGGAAGAGGCACAGGGCACCCUCACCAGCAGCCAGGGAUACUUCAGUCCAGAUGUCCGCAAGGACCACAGUCCCACCCAGGACAGGACAAAUUCCAGCAGUCUUGACCCUUGAUUGCUUCAGGGCUGCCUGCCCUGCCACUAGUGAAUCCCAAGUCCCUAUCCUGUCCUUGCUGUAUGUAAAUAAAUGUAAAUAAAAACAUGUAAAUAAA